GGCUUUAGUUGAGUCGCAUACGUUGAACCGGUCGGUCGUGGAUUUCGCGAGCAGUGUUCAUCAGGGGGAUUUGGUUGGAUCUCCAGUGGGAUUGGAGUUUGUCCAGAGAUUUCGCGGAGAAUAGGGUGUGUGUGCCAACUUACAAGCCAGCAGUGUUCUGGUGCUGGUGCUGCUUCAGAGUGUGUGCUUUGUGUUUGGUCUAUCCAGCUAUUACCUGAGUUACGAAGCAAGGCAGGGCAAGAAGGCAGGCAAAACAAGUGGUUCGAAGAGAGGUUGAGUGUGAGUCAUCCGAGGGUUGGGAUUAAGCUACUCUGGCCGCUUCCACGGAUCGAGAGCUUGAGUGAGUGCAGCAGUUCUUGGCGGAAGUUUGCUCUAACGACGCCCUCCCAGCUGCUGACCCUAAUGUCCCGAUCUCGCCGUCGCAGCUGAACAUCAACAAUCACAAUGGACGUGUCCCAGGGCUCCCCGGAAUCGACGUCACCCUCCCGGAACAGCCGAAGCAGCAUCCCAAUCCCAAAGCGGAAGAGUUCCCUUCACCUGUACAUUGCCAACAGCUUUGGAAACAACUCCCAGUCUUCGCCGUCACCGUCGUCGGCGUCAUCCGUCCAUGAGGAUCCGCAUUCGGCGUCCUCGUCCCGGUCGGCAACGGCCAUGGGCAUGCACAGCUCGAUGUAUGUGCCCGGAAGGACGGCGGCGGCGAUGAGUGCGAAUGUGGACGGGGUUAGUUCCAGUGAUUAUCUCCAGCUGAGGGAGAACCACAAUCGGUUGAUCAACAAGUGUGAGGAGGUAACUCGUCGCAAUCAAAAUCUCGAAAGUACAAACCAGCUGUUGAAGAAAAGUGUGACAGCCCUCCAGAACGACGUGGCCGCUCUGCGCAAGGAACGGUCCGAAUUUGUCGACAAGAAUCGUAAACUCAAGAAAAAGCUAGCGGAAAUUGUUCCCUCGGGGACCGUCAGCAGCUGCAGUGAUGACGAUGAAGGAGCGGAAAAGUCCUUGGAGGAGCACAAGAAGGAAAAUUCCACGGAUUCCGUCGAAGCCACCAAAAAGGAAUCGGAGCUUGACUCACUGCUCAACGAGAUGGAAAAGCUCAAAUCAUACUUGAACAACGUCGAGUUGCAACUGUACGAAGCGAACGAGAAGAUUUCCGAGCUGCAAGAGAGCAAGCAACAAUACGAAGAGACGAGCGAGAAGCUGCGAGCGGAGAAUGCCGAGUUGAGCAAAAUCGCGCGGCUCAUGUCGGCCAACAUACUCGAGUCGAUCGACACCAGCAAACGCCUCGAAACCUCGUACAUCCAGGUACGACGCGAACGAGACAACCUCGCGCGCCAGAACCGCGACUCGGUCGACUCGCGGACCGACCCCACCGAAGAGAUCCAGAAGAUGCGCUCCGAGAUGGAGCUGAAGCGCAAAACGUUCGAAGCGCAGUUUAUCGAAUAUAAACAACAAAUGGAGCAGGAGCUUUUGCGCCAAACGGACGAACGGGUCGUGUCGUUGCAGCUCGAGGUGGACCGGUUAAAGCAAGACCUGGCCGAAACCCUGGACCGGGCCGAACGGGCCGAGGAGGAAGCCCGGGAGUUGCGAACCCUGCUCCGUGCCAGCCAGCUGCACCAAAACCAGCAAUUCUACUCCCAACUAGAUCUGGACAAAUUGAGCCUGCACGAGCUUGGCGGGGACAACGAUUCGCUAACGUCCGGCAUCAGUAACACAGCUUCUGCCGCCGCACCUCCUCCUCCGCCUCCUCCACUCCCACCUCCACCACCUCCGCCACCCCCACCGCCGGCGCUUGCUGCCGGAACUUCGACGUCACUCGGCUUGAGCGAGGCCAUUUCGACGCAAAAAUUAAAUCACGUCGGAAUCAACCCUGUAAAUAGCAAGCAGCAAGCAACAGGUCUAGACUCGGUCAUAGCCGACAUCAAGAGUGGCCGCGUAACGUUGCGCCGCCGAAAACCGAACGUGCUAAGCGAGUUGGAGAAUGCCGCCAGUUCCACGAAAUCGUCCUCGGGCAGUCGACAGAGCCAGCAACAGCCCAACUACAGCCAACUGGCCGCCCAGAAUCCGGCCCUCCGGGAAAUGUACGAAAUUCUCGAGCGAAUGAAGCGCCGCAACCGGCAGUCGAAGGUUAUCGUCGAGUCGGAGAUUGUUGGCGAUGUGACCGAUGGACGGACUGUGCGGACUGUGAUUACCGGGAUUGUGGAUCUUUAACAGUAGAAUUAAAUUAAAAAUUGAAAAAAAAAA